UCGCCCGCCGCCGCGCCGGUCCGGCCACACCCUCGUUCUCUGAAGCUCCUCCUCCUUAACGUGACGACAAAGGGGCGUGUCUACGGCAAGAGGCGGAGCACAAAUCGGGCUCCGCGAGUCAUCAGCAAGAGGAGGGAAAAAAUCACAGCUCUGCCCCUGUACCACUGUGGCCAUUUGCUGAAGAAAUUCCCUGGAGAGAAGGACUUCCACGGUUUCUUUGGAGAGUUGCGAGGAUCCACCAUCUUUCUCUAUUCAGAUGACAAGCAAGACAUGUACUCAGAGAAAAUAGAGCUUUGCAACUUGAAGGCGAUUGUCAUGGAAAACCCGGGGAUCAAAGUUGGGCCCGCAGUCUACACUCUGAUGCUGCUCAACGAGCAAGUGCAGCUGAAGAUUGACAGCCUGGACACCGGGGAAGAGUGGAAGGGGUUCAUCAUGACCGUCGCAAACCUUAAAAUCCCCAGUAAACUUCAGCUGCUCCCAGGUCAAAUGCUGAAGCUGGAGGAGACCCUUGAGAUGGAACGUAAGAGGACCGCAGCGCAGCCCCCGUCGGUUCCCUGGGAAACCAGCGACCUCCAAACCCAGGACCCCAGCAACAUCUAUGAUGACGUCAUUUCCAGCAUCCCUUCCAGGGUCUUCUUCGUGUCCCGGCAGGAGGCCAAACGCAUGCUGGAGGAGCAUCCCGACUACGGCAGCAUCAUCCUGCGUCCGGCGACGGAUAAUGUAAACUACGCCAUCACACUAAGGCAGAUGAUGCCCAGCGGCCCGGUUACGAAGCACUUCAAGGUGCGCUCCGAAGCAUCCGGGUUCGUCAUUGAGCUGGACAGUCCGGUGACUGUGCCAACCCUUAGUGCCGUCCUGGAGUACUUUGUGGAACAUAUUCCAGGGAAUCUUCGGCCAUAUGUCGAUCCCAAGCCCUACGAAACACGAAUAGAUCUGUGCCCACCGGCGAUGCCCCCGGAGCGGGGCCCUGUUCCUGCGAAGCCAGCUGCAAAACCGAAGGUCACCCCACGCGCCAGGGUCGUACCCAUGAUCCGCAGCCCGCAGCCUGCGACGGCAGGACCGCCCCUUCCCCCAAAGCCCCCGAUGGAACAGGAAAAAGAGAACGAGUACAUAGAACCAGACCACCCUGGCAAAGAGAUGUCUUUUAAGGAUGAGCUGGACCAGACCCUGAGGAAGAGGAGGGAACAGCUGUACUCAGCCAGCAAGAGCAUGGAGCACUGUAGUCUGUCAAAUAGCGGACCCGCGUCCGGCCCAGCGGUAUAGUAUUCCAGCCAUCGGCUCACUAAGAGCAUUUCUGUCGUCGUGUCACAUCAUUUUUGCACGAUGAUGCGAUCUUGUUUAGCAACUCAUCAAAGUCUGAUUUAAAUCGAAGCUAUAAUGAAACAUCCGGUACGCCGUAAGAAAUCUGUGCUGAAAGAAGAUGGAAAAUUAUUAUGUAUACAUUAAGCUGAUGCUCUUCUCCAAAGUAGCUUGCAGUGUGUUUUAUGAGCAUGUAUACUCAGCUACUUACACUAAUUUACUCAUUUAUAGAGCUGGGUUAUUUUUACUGUACCAAUUCAUGGUUAGUACCACAUCUGAGGGUACUGCAGCAGGACGUGAGAUUCAAAUCUGAGUCUUUUGAUGGGUAUUUGUGGGCAUGGAUGCGCCUCUAACAUGCAAAAUCUGAAAAUAAUAAGAGGGUUUUUGGAAAUAGUAGUUAAAAGUGCAGAAGAACAUCAGUUUGCUCAGGCUUUUAACAAUCCUUUCACACUGUAAUGUGCUUUAAGAGAAUACAGCAAUAUCAUUUUUGUCAAGUGCAGUUUCUCUGUGAAAGGCUGGUAGCGUUGUACAUAACUUAGUUUCAGCACAUGUGGAGAGAUGUUUUAUUUUGUUUUAACCAAAAUGUGUUUUAAUCUGGGGCACGAGGCAAUAAAUUUGUUCAUAUAUAA